CAUAAACUCUAAAUCCGCAUCGUUGGGACUGGUUCAGCAGAUAUCCAGCCUUUGGACCAGUUUGGUCGUGUACAGUGGAUUUGGAGUACAAACAGAGACAUUUGUUUUGCUUUUUGGCGACGCACGCCUCUAUCGGCGGUGUUUUGUAGCAGCAGCGGCGGCAGCAGCAGCAGCGGGCUGUUUUCCUCCGAGUCAUGGCCAAAUUAAUCCGAGCUCUGAUCAUGGGUCCACCAGGGUCGGGGAAAGGAACCAUAUCCAAACGGAUUGCACAGAGUUUCGGCCUGGAGUAUCUUUCCAGUGGCCACUAUCUUCGACAGAGCAUAACUGCAAAUACAGAGGCAGGUGUGCUGGUAAAGUCCUACGUAGAACGAGGGAUGUUGGUGCCGGAUCACAUAAUAAACAGACUCAUGAUUCCCCGACUGGAACAGCUGAGUGGACACAGCUGGCUGCUGGACGGUUUUCCUCGGACACUGGCACAGGCUCAGGCCCUGAACAAUAUCUGUCAACUGGACUUGGUCAUUAGCCUCAACAUUCCGUAUGAGACCUUGAGGGAGCGACUGAGUGACCGCUGGAUCCACCCUGCCAGUGGGAGAGUCUAUAACAUGGGAUUCAACCCGCCAAAAGUGGAGGGCAAGGAUGACAUCACUGGUGAGCCCCUGAUUCAACAUGAUGAUGACAAGCCAGAAGCUGUGAUGGCCAGACUGAGGCACUACAAGGACGUGGCCAAACCGGUCAUCGACUUAUACAAGUCUCAGGGAAUCUUGCACUCAUUUUCCGGGACAGAGACUGACCGGAUUUGGCCUUACAUUAACUCUCUUCUCAAUAGCAAAAUGCACACACAGCCAUCGGAUGCCGCCCAAAGCCAGACACCACGAGUAUGCCUGAAAGAAGAGCAGCAAUGAGGUGGUUUCUCUCCACACUGACCUCAGGGUGACCUUUCGUUUUAGAGCGAUGGACAAAACUAUAAUCAUUGAGUGUGGCGGUGAUUUAGUUGAUGUAUUUUUUUUUUCCUGUUUUUUUUUAAGGAGUGGAUAUUUGCAAAUAUUGUCCAAGCUUUACUUUGUUUUCUGUGUUAAUUGCGUCAGCUGUUCACUUUGGUUGAUGAAAAUUGCAUUGUUCUUCAGUUUUUCUGAUGUAUUGACUGUGUUGGCGUACUUCAUCCGAGCACGCUCAGACACCUGUUGCCCCAGGUUGGAAAUGCCUCGGAAACCAGAGCGUUUUUUGAUUGACAGUACUCGCAAGGGGGACCAAACAGCCUGUUUAUCCAAAAACGGUCACUGUGUAUAAGAAUACUGGUUGACGUCUUCAACAAGUUUCAGUUUUUCAGUUGUCAUGCGCCAAUAACGCUUAUCACAGGGCUGAAAGGAAAAAAAAAAUCACCUCUACUGAGGACACCACUGCACACCUGGCUAAUCAGUACCCGAGAAGUGUAAGAAUUGGAAAGUUGUGCAUUUGUUCAGGGGAAAAAUUCUGCUUUUUAGUCCACGAGCUGGUGUCUUAUUUUGAUGACAUGGUUGCCACCCAACCCAGUGUCAGUAUACCAUGGCAAGGACUCCAAAAAAGUGAAGUUUGGACUAUCUUUGGCUGAAAGUUUUGGUGUUAUGGGGUGAAAGCAGCAAAAAUGGCAGUAAAUGCCAUUUGCACAGGGGUCAAAAUUGAAGUUGCUCCAAUUCUGGUAAAAUGUAACUGAAAUUAUUAGUUAAACUAAUAGGAUUAAAAAACAGAAUUGUUUUAACAGUCUUAAAAGUGUGGUCUCCAAAGUAAAUAACAAACAAGGACGACUGUACAGUUGUAAUGUACGCUAUGACAUGUUGCCAUGUAACGAGACAACUAAGCAUAACAGGUGUGCAAACUAUUCCUUUUUGAAUUCCUAUUAGCUCAACCAAUAAUUUGCAUUACCAUUUGCCACAAUUGGAGGAACUAGAAUUUUUGAGCACUGUGCAAACUAAAAUCAGUCUGCAUCGCCAUUUUGCAGUUUUUACCCCGUAACUCAGAAACGUUUGGUCAUAGAUAUUUCAGAUUAGACCUUUUUUGAAUCUUACAAUUAGCUACAUAGCGUGGUAGACUUUCAACAGGACUGCAGUAUUUUUAACAUUUGACCCCUGUGUUGCCAUUUGUUGACUUUGCUGAAGUUGCCACUCUGGGAAGGUUAUCGCCCAUAUUUGUCUCAGCCAUGGUAUACUGACGCUGGUUUGUAAGUGUUGAUUUCUCACCCAGUGUGAAGCUUAAAAACUUGCCUGUCUCAUAGACUAUUUAGGUGGUCUGAGUGGACUGUCGGAUGAAGUGUGCAGCCUCAUUUAAGAUUGUGCUCUGUUCUGUUCAGAAGUCACAACUGUUUCUCAGAAGGUUGUAGCAAAAUUAAAGUGAGAUUUACACAAAAUACAAAUGAUAAAUGAAGGAUACCCUUCAAAGUAAUGCUUAAGGUUUUAAUUAUUAC